GGAGGUGGAGUGCGUAAGAGAAGAUUUCCCAUUUCUCAAUGUGUGAAGCUCACUGGAGAGCUCUUGGGGAUCUGCUGAGCCUUAGGUACUGGUCUGCCUUUGCACCCCACGCGAUGGAGGCUGGCUCCGUGGUACGAGCGGUCUUUGACUUCUGUCCCAGCGUCUCUGAGGAGCUGCCCCUGUUUGUGGGAGAUGUCAUCGAGGUGCUGGCUGUGGUGGACGAGUUCUGGCUCCUUGGCAAAAAGGAAGGUGUCACAGGGCAGUUUCCUAGCAGCUUUGUGGAGCCUGUGGAUAUUCCCCCUUUGAAGCAGGGAGAAAAACUGUUUGUUUGUACCAGUGACUUCACAUCUCAGGAGCCAGGGAGCCUGUCAUUGCAGAGAGGAGACCUGGUGAUCCUGGGGGGCUCCCUGGCCUCCAGCUGGCUCCAGGGCCGAAGCAGCUGGGGUUCCAAGGGCUUUUUCCCCUCAUCAUGUGUGCGGGAGCUGUGCCUUUCAGUUCGAAGCCGUCAGCUAUCCCAGAGUGCUCUCCUGGAGGUGCCUGCCUACUCGCUGGGCCAAGCCCGAGCCCUGAUGGGCCUCUCUGCCCAGCUGGAAGAGGAACUGGACUUCAGGGAAGGGGAUGUGAUCAACAUUGUUGGCAUCCCAGAGCCUGGCUGGUUUGAGGGGGAGCUCAGAGGACACAGGGGCAUUUUUCCAGAGGGUUUUGUGGAGCUGCUUACUCCUUUGAGAACAGCAGGAACCUCAGAGGAUUCAGAAUCCACGCAGCCUUGUGACACCAAUGGGACAGUGGAGAUGCCUCCCAAGGAGGAGGAGAGCAGAGAAGAUGGGGAGCAGGAGCCAGGGAGCACCUACGGUGUUGCCCUCUAUCAGUUCCAAGCGCUGGAGUCCAAGGAACUGGAUUUUGAUGUGGGUGACAGGAUUCGGAUCUUAGGGAUUCUGGAGGAUGGCUGGCUAGAGGGGGAGCUGAGGGGAAAACGCGGCAUCUUUCCACACAGAUUUGUGAGGCUGGAAGCCUCUGAUCCCCGCAGGGAAAAGCGGGGUGCUGGGGAUCCCCAGGGUGGAGGCAGCUGUGGAGUGACCAUCCAUCAAGACUCAGAAAGCACCUGCUCCAAAGAUCUUCCUUUGCCAGGGAAGGAUGACAGGGAAAAGGAGGAUGGCUUGAUUUUGCACCCAGAGCCUGACACUGUUCUGUCUCACGCAGUGGAGGGGGCAGAGGGUCCUCUAGGCACUGGUCUGGGAAAGAGUCAGUCCUUUCCUGACACAGGACUCCAAGGGCCGCUUCAAAAAGACACAGCGGACGUUCUCCCCGUUGGCUGCACAAACACAGUCAAUGGCCUUCUCCCCUCUGCCCAGCUGCCUCCCCAGCAGAGCAGCAAGCCUCUCCAAGCAGAUGUUUUGGAGCCUGGGGGAACCAUAUCAGCCUCCCCAGGAAAUUCUGGAGCUCAUACGCUGCCUGAACAUGAUGGGGACAGUCUCAGUCUGCCCCCGCAAUCUCCCUGCUUGCCCCCAGGUACUUGCAGGAGCAAGGUGGUUUCUUCUAACAGCUGGGCAGCAUCAAAGUCCCAGGAGAGCCGGAGCAGUGCACUGGACCUUGACAGUUGGGUGGACGGUCAACAGGAGAAGUCCAAAUCCUGUUCCUACAACUUGGGCAGUGCCCACGUGGGCCUAGAGACGUGGCCUGGGAGCUGGGGGGAAUGCUCCCCACUUGCAGUGCAGGGGGAUGGCUGCACAGACCUCGACUCCAAACUGACAGAGCAGCUGGCACAGUUUGAGAAGAGUCUGUCCAGUACUGGUGCUGAGCAGGACAGAGUCUCCCGCCACUUCUCUAUCUUGGACUAUAGCUCUGAGAAGGACAUUGUUCGUGGGUCUCCUGAGUGUGCCCCCAUUGCCAGGCAGCCAGAGAGGAGGAAGGUCCUGAGGCCGCCCCCUCCUCGGCCCAGCACCCUUGCGACAACCCCUAGGCACUUGCCAGGUGGCCAGGUUCCCAAAGGCAGGUCUCUGUCGUUCUCGGUGAAGCCCUCCCGGCCUGCACCGCGGCCUCCAUCAAGCAGUCAGCGGAGGAACGUGGCCCCUCCACAGCUUCAGCCCAGCAGCCAGGAGGAGCGUGCAGAGGAAGGCCAUGAGGACGCGCCUCAGACAGGUUCCCCAUGCUCCAUUCUGCUGACGAGGAUUGGAGAGGUGGAGCGAGACCUGGAGGCCUAUGGCAAGACCCGAGCUGAGCUGAGCUUGAUGCUGGAGGAGCAGCAGGAUGAACUGGUGAGAGCGGAAACCCUGGAAAACCUUGAUUUCUGUGACUCCAACAUUGAGAGCCUCAGCGUGGAGCUGCAGGAGCUGAGAGAGAUGACCCUCCUUUCCUCCCAGACACCGUCCCUGGAGACUUCCUCGGCUGCCACUGAGAGCCCAGAGCAAAGGAUGUUGGAGAAGAGGUCCAAGGUUAUUGAGGAACUGCUCCAGACAGAGCGGGACUAUGUUCGAGACCUGGAGAUGUGUGUGGAGAGAAUCAUGGUGCCUCUGCAGCAGGCACAGAUGCCAAAUAUAGACUUUGAGGGUCUUUUUGGAAACAUCCAGAUGGUAAUUACCUUCUCCAAGCAGCUGCUGGCCACCUUGGAGGCUUCUGAUGCCAUCGGGCCAGUGUUCCUGGCACGGCGUGCAGAGCUGGAGGCCAUCUACAGGGUGUAUUGCCAGAACCAUGAUGAGGCCAUCGCACUUUUGGAAACCUAUGAGAAGGAUGAGAAGAUUCAGAAACUACUCCUGAACUUGCUGGAUAGCCUCAGGAGCCUGUACAGUGAGUGGGGCUGCACAAACUACAUUAACCUGGGCUCGUUCCUCAUCAAGCCAGUGCAAAGGGUGAUGCGGUACCCGCUGCUGCUGAUGGAGUUGCUAAGCGCCACUCCUGAGUCUCACCCUGACAAGGUGCCGCUCACAGCUGCUGUCCUCGCAGUCAAAGAAAUUAAUGUCAACAUCAAUGAAUACAAGCGCCGGAAAGACCUGGUGCUAAAGUACCGGAAAGGGGAUGAGGAUAGCCUCAUGGAGAAGAUCUCCAAGCUCAACUUCCAUUCCAUCAUCAAGAAAUCCAAUCGCGUGAGCAGCCAUCUCAAGCAUCUCACAGGCUUUGCCCCCCAGCUGAAAGAUGAGGCCUUCGAGGAGACGGAGAAAAAUUUCCGAAUGCAGGAGCGGCUGAUCAAGUCCUUCAUCCGGGACCUUUCCCUGUACCUGCAGCAUGUUCGGGAGUCGGCCUGCAUGAAGGCGCUGGCAGCGGUGAGCAUGUGGGACCUGUGCACGGAGAAGGGCGGUGGGGACUUGGACCAGUUCCAGAAAGUGAAUCGGCUCAUCAGUGACCAGCUCUUCUCCAACUUUAAAGAGCGGACAGAGCGGCUGGUGAGCUCGCCUCUGAACCAGCUGCUGAGCAUGUUUACGGGGCCGCACAAGCUCGUGCAGAAGCGCUUCGACAAGCUCCUCGACUUCCACAACUGCACAGAGCGAGCGGAGAAGCUGAAGGACAAACGAACGCUGGAGGAGCUGCAGUCGGCCCGCAACAACUAUGAGGCCCUGAACGCCCAGUUGCUGGAUGAGCUGCCCAAGUUCCAGCGCUUCGCUAAGGAGCUGUUUGCCAGCUGCGUGCGGGGCUAUGCUGAGGCUCACUGUGACUUUGUGCGCCUGGCCCUGGAGGAGUUGAGACCCCUGUUGUCGUUGCUGAAGGUGGCCGGUAGGGAGGGGAACCUCAUUGCCAUCUUCCAGGAAGAGCACAGUCGAGUCCUCCAGCAGCUCCAGGCCUUCACCUUUUUUUUUUCGGCCCGGCGCCAGCCGCUCAUUGGCUUGCCCAGCUACCUCCUGCAGUCGGAUGACAUCCGAGCUGCCCUCCUGGCCCGGUAUCCCCCAGACAAUCUCUUCCAGGCAGACCGCAAUUUCAAUGCUGCCCAAGACCUGGAUGUCUCACUGAUGGAGGGAGACAUUGUGGGUGUCAUCAAGAAGAAAGACCCUAUGGGCAGCCAGAAUCGCUGGCUCAUAGACAACGGGGUGACCAAAGGCUUUGUGUACAGCUCCUUUCUGAAGCCCUACAACCCGCGUCGCAGCCAGUCGGAUGUCUCUGUGGGCAGCCACUCUUCCAACGAGUCUGAGCACAGCAGCUCCUCUCCCCACAGCAACACCACACUGACCUUCAGCCCCAGCGGGGCAGCCGUGACCUUCACUCAGAAAUCCCUGCAGGACUCUACCUCCCCAGGAGACCUGUACCAGUCCUCGCAGGCCCCCUCGGAGAUGGACUCCCCUUGUCAGCCCCAGCUUGGCUCCAGUGACAGGACAGCCCCCCUGGAGGCCAGUACAGUGUCAUCUCCCCCCCGCCACAGCCGCCCUGAGCCAGGCUGUGGCCCCAACCCUCGCAAUGGACACUCCACCAAGGCACAUCUCAGGCCUGCACUCUCAAUGGAGGACAGAGACUCUGGGCUGGAGAGCAGCGAGUCAGAGGGCAACCAGGUCUAUUACGCUCUCUACACUUUCAAAGGCCGAAACGCCAACGAAUUGAGUGUGUCAGCUAACCAGAGACUCAGGAUCCUGCAGUUUGAGGACAUCACAGGCAAUCGAGAGUGGUGGCUGGCUGAGGUGCACGGGAAGCAAGGCUACGUGCCCUCCAGUUACAUCCGAAAGACAGAGUACACGUGAGGCGAAGGGGAGAAGCCUGCACCCUGUGCCUUGUUCCUGCUGGGAGCAUUGGGGCUCAGGGAGACUCACCGGCCCUGCUCGGCAGUGCAGCCUGCCCUGCUCGCCCCAAGGGGCUGAAGCUGCAUCCCUCGCAGCCGCGCAGCACUCCCAAGCCCUGCCACGCUGGCUGCCAUGGGGAGUGGGAAGGGUGGGCUGGCAGGACAGGCAGGGGACAGGCAGCUUGUGCAAGAGCAGGGGCAAGUUGCCGUCACCUUGGGCUGCUCGUUCCUCCUGCGUGCAGCUUGUAGCAGGUGAGCAUAGCGUGGGGCCAUGGCCCAGGAGGAAAUAGCUUCACUAAGGCCAAAGAGCUGCUAUGGAUUUAAUGUGUAGCCGUCUACUGCUGAGUUUCUAGAGUCUGCCUUUAGCUAAAUAGUGUUAAAAGAAACUUGGGCCCUGUAAACAGGCUCCCUGUGGCCGUCUCAGCAGCAGCAGGAGCCCAGGUGAGCCUGUCUUUGCAGGACGUCAGGGUUGAACAAUUCUGCUCUGCCCAGAGAAGUGGCUCUGAGGCUUGCUGUGAGUAGUUCAGCUCCAGGGCAGGCAGCCCCAGCAGCCAAGAAAGCCUACAGCAGAGCUCCCCGACAUAUUGCGUUUGGCUGCUUGGGCUCCCAGGGGUUUGGGUCUUUCCAGGCUCUGCUGCUAGCAGCAGCUGUUGGGUUCCUGUCUCCCUGAUGAGCCUAAGGCCCUAACCCCAUCUUCCUUUGUCACUGCAUCAUCGCCAGUACGUCCCCAAGACCCAUCUGCACUGGCAGGCCCACGUGGCUAGUCUCGGCUGGGGCAGGGUAGAAGGCAAAGAGCAGGCUCUGUCCUGCAGCCUGAUUUUGUUCGGGCUUGGACCAGGAUUCAGCCGUGCCUGUGCUUGCUGCAGGGCUCUGGGGGGCAAGGCUCUCCUCAGGAGAGCUACCACCCCAGCAUGGGGCAGCACGUCUUACCCACUGCUGCCAUGCCCUGGGGGAGGGUUGCUCCCUUCUCUUCAGGGUGGGAGUGUUUGCAUCCCCGGCGCUGCUGCUCUGUAAAUAAAGAUUUGCCCUUGUGUAAAGGAAGUGCCUGUGCAAACAUCAGAAAAAGGGACAGAGUGCCUGGCAGAGCCUACAGACUUAAUGUGGACCCUGCAGGGGCUGGGGAGGGCACUUACUGUUCCAUAGGGUUCAGCACGCUUGUGCUCUGGCAGCUUGUGCCAGCUGCAGCUCAGGCACUAGGAAACCUUCACCAGACUAAUCCUUAUAGAGCUAUUGCACAGCCCUCUCUCCAGGCACUGUAUUAAAUGCUACAGCUGGGGCUGGCUUGUGUCCCUCUUGUCACCAGCUACAGUGAAGGGUUUUGCUCUGCUGUAAAUGCCUGUGUGGGUAGGUGGUGUGCCUGCUAGCAUAGGCUUCUUGCAUGCUGAGCCAGGGCCAACAGCUGUGCUGCAGCCCCCUGGCUUGGAGGCCCAGGAACAGAGAAGGACCAAGACUUUGUCUGGGUGGGUGUGGGUGUUGGUGUAGUGUGAACAUGUGUCUGCACCACAGUCAGGUUUGUAGUCUGGCACCGCAGCCCAAAAUCUACCCAAGUUGUGGUUAUGGUGGUCAGAGCUGAGCCCCAAGGACUGCCUCAGUUAUUUGCAGCACACUCAAAGGCAGAUACAGCCAUAAAGAAAACAGCUAGGCCCCCAGCUCCUGGCUUUUCCACCUCCCCUGCUGGUGAACACCUUUACCCCUCCCCCCUCCCCAAAUCUUGUAGCCCUAUGAACAUUUUUUGCUGGCACAAUAGUGUAAUGAGGGGGUGGAUUCUUUGUUGCACACAAAAAAGCUGCCAUCUGGGGCAUGGGUCUCUCUGUGCCUACAGCAGUGUGGAUCUGGGGCUCACCUCAGGUCCAGGGGUGACAAUAAGAUCCCUUCUGUUUUCUGUAGGACCCUUGCAGUGAGGGAUUCUGGCUGUGAGUGUUGGGCAUUCACAGAGCCAUGCACUUGAGCCGUUAUGUUCAUGGUGGGGGCAGAGGCUCAGGCAUGCCUGCG